UUUAAGCCUGUAAAUUUUUAUUCUUUUUCGUAUGCUUGUUCUCUUUCAUGUGUUUUAAAGUUAUUUGGUAAUUUUAUGUUUACGUUGAAAUCUUCAUCACAUUGAAUUGUACAAAACAUUUGCAAAUUAUCGAUGAAAAUGAUAAUUUUCCUUAGGAUUGCUUGUACAGGGAUGCUGCCAAGACCCCCCAAGUCUCUACCUUUAGCACUUUCAUGGCGAAAGAAGGUCUCUCCGGUCUCUAAGAUUGAGGCCCCCUUCGCUCUGGAGUUCCGAUUGGCAGUAAAUUCCAUUAAUCCGUGGUUUAUAGUGUUGAAUUUUGGGUUUAGGGACAGUUUUGGGGUCUAUGGAGAAAUGGGGAAUGGGUUUGGGUGAGGUACUUUCACUUUUAGUGGAGUCUUCACAUUGUGAGAUAGAUCAGUUAAUUAACUGUAUAGAUGAACAACGGUCCAGAUCUCUUUUGAACUAAUGAAGCUAGCCCCACCAAGAACUUGCCACGUCAUCAUCACCCCCCUCCUUUUGGAACCUCUGGCUCUGGGCAAUGGAGUAGUGCUAUAAUAUAGUUAGUGGUUUAGGGGCUGUCUAAGUCUUGGUUUCAGUCAGGGAACUGAAAGGUCAGGGGCUGGAGCUUGCCCUGUGGUUGUGUAAAAGCUCUUUCUGUGUUUGAGACUUUGAACGGAGAUGAUGUGCCUUUUGUACUGCAUGCAUGAUUGCAGCAGCAGCAGCAGCAGCAGCAGUGAGGACAAGAAAGAUUUGGAAGUUAAUCGAAGCAAUAAGGCAAAGCAAAAGAGAAGAAAGAAACCAUUUUGGCUCUUCUUAUCAAGGCUGCUUUUCCUGGAACUGAAGCAUCUAUCUCACAAUCUGGAUAUGGGAAAUCUUCAAAGGAGUUUGUCACCUUCCUCCCUUUCCACCUCUUCCUCCUCUUCCUCCUCUUCACUUGGUCCACACCCAUUGCAAAUUGAUCCAGAACUCUGGCUAAUGGCUGAAAAAAGGACCCAAGAGAUACUAUAUACCAUUCAACCUACUUUUGCUUCUGAGCAUAAAAGGAUGGAAGUCAUCGAUUAUAUUCAGAGUUUAAUUAAAUAUUAUUUUACAGUUGAGGUCUUUGCAUUUGGUUCGGUCCCUCUGAAAACCUAUCUUCCAGAUGGAGAUAUUGAUCUGAUGGUCCUCAGUCACCAAAACAUGGAGGAAGAAUUAGCCAGGGGUGUCUGCACUCUCCUCCAACGUGAAGAGCUUGACCCUGAAUUCCAAGUAAAUGAUGUCCAAUAUAUUCAUGCUCAGGUUAAGCUUGUAAAGUGUUCUGUGAAGAAUAUCUCCGUUGACAUCUCUUUCAAUCAAAUGGCAGGGCCCUCUGCUCUAUGUUUUUUAGAGCAGGUUGAUCAACUUAUUGGGCAAGAUCAUCUUUUCAAACGCAGCAUUAUCUUGAUCAAAGCAUGGUGUUUCUAUGAGAGCCGAAUUCUUGGUGCACACCAUGGCUUGAUCUCGACAUAUGCAUUACAAAUCUUGGUUUUGAAUAUCAUUAAUGUUUUCCAUUCAUCUCUACCUGAUCCUUUAGCGGUCCUCUACAAAUUUUUGGAUUAUUAUAGCGCCUUUGAUUGGGACAAUUAUUGUGCCAGUAUAAAUGGCCCCAUUCCCAUAUCAUCCUUCCCACAAACUGAUUCAACACAAGACAAUGGGAAUGAGUCACUUAUCAGUCAGGAGUUUCUGAGGAACUUUAGAGACAAGUUUGCAUUUCCGAUGAAAGAACUUGAGAAUGGUGCCCAUGAAUUUCCCAUUAAGCAUCUCAACAUAGUGGAUCCUCUUAAGAGCAGCAACAACUUAGGACGUAGUGUUAACAAAGGAAAUUUUCAUCGAAUAAGAGGUGCCCUUUCUUAUGGAGCUCAAAGGCUUGGAGAAAUAAUUGCGUUGCCAGGAGAAGCAAUGGGUGGUAGACUUGAGAAGUUCUUUAUGAACACUUUGGACAGAAAUGGUAGGGGUCAAAGGCCUGAUGCUGAUGUUCCUGUCCCUGCAUUUGGUACUGGAAGAUCGGAGGCGUCUGAUCUCAAUGGAGACUAUGACAAGUAUUACAGUGGUCUCCUACAUGGCCAGUGGUAUCACAGUUAUGCAUUGCCUGUACCUCCUCAGCCCAGUUCGCCAUCAUCACCUUCACAAAUCAAGCUGAAAAGUGCUAGGGAUGUGCUGCCUCAGUUGCUGCAAAGCAAGCAGAAUAUUCUUUCUCAAAGAGGCACAGAGGUGUUCUUCCCAAGGCAAAAAUGUCACCCUUAUGCUUCACAAGUCCAUGUGGCUAUUUCUGGUAUUGAUACAAUGAGGAAGUCAAGAGGAACAGGCACAUACAUCCCUGACAUGUGCCAUAAUCGUUACAAAGAUUUGCUAUUAUGGAUGACAAUGAGCAAUCCAGAUUCUAGUCAUAGACCAUUGUUGAAAUCACCUCGAAAGAGUGACUAUGCUGAAGAUUCCCCAACGUCGGUGAAGAGUAGGAAUGGCAACUGCCUUAAUAUCUCACCAGGGAUGGAGAAGAGUGAGAAUGGCAGCUGCCUCGAUCUUUCACUAGAUCAAUUCCCACUUCUUCCUUGCAGUGAGAAUUCCAUGUCAUCAGAAAUCCAUCAUUCGUAUCAAACCACCACAAAGGCUAGCCAGGCCAAGAAUUGUUCUGCCACCUUAGGGAAUAUUCAAUUUGGAUCCUUACCAUUACUGCCAGGAAUGCCUUCAUCAGCGGCGAAGAAGCAAGCAGAUUCAGGAGUUUUAACAUCUAUGGAUAGAAUGCCAGCUGUCCAGAGAAAAAAAAUGCAGAAGCAACAAGGGUUCUUGGAGAGUCCUGAGAAAAUGGUUCACAGACAACAUUUUCAAGUGAAGAAUGAUACAGACUUUCCCCCUCUCUGACCACCAGGGCACUCACAUGUGGAGAUUUAAGUAAAAGAGUGGAACUACAGCUCAACAGAAAUGCUGAUACCUAACCUGACAUGGAUCCUUACUUACACAGAAAUAACGCUGCCCUGGGAAGGCUUGAAAUACAAUUUUGUUUUUGUUUUCCUUCUGUCAAACCCCAAUAAUGGAAGCAUUUUUGUUGAGGAGGGUCCUUGGAUGGGUUUCUCAUCCUUUCCACCUCUUUUGAAAAACCUAAGGUACUCUAUAGGAACUUUUGUCAGGAAAAAAUGGUUAUUUUUCUAUCCUCUCUCAUCCUCGCUAAAGCUUUCUUCACUGUUUGGUGAGCAUUCAGCGAGGAGUUUUUAAAGCUUGUAUCAGGGUGCUUUCUGUGAUAACACUUUUUUCUUUUUAUCAACCUAUGUGUUUGCUGCUUUGCUUUGAAGCAAACUCCACUUAAAAGUCAAGUGUUUGGCAAGGGAAUUUAGGUUCAAUAUUUACCAUGCACUUCCUAGUA